AGUUCUUGCAAGGAAGUGACUCAGCAUCGAUGCCACACUAAAGGAGAAAGUGGCAGAGAUAUGCACGCUGCCACUCAGACACGAUCAGACAUCCACGGCCAUCAGAUAGACAAGGACGCAGACUGGUGCUGACAAGACCGGGGAGUUAAAUCUGUGAAAAAAAACAAGACGAGAUCAUCAUUUCAAUAAACAUACAUCCUUUGCUUGCUUGAGCACGAAAUAGGACACACCUCAGGAGUUAAUAAUUAAAUUGCAGCAACCGAAAACGAAAGAUUAGAGACAGAUCUGUUCCACUCGCAUCCAUCUUUUUGACACCUUCUCCAUUUUUACAGUGAGGAACAAGGAUGAUUUUCGUAAGACUACUUUAUGCUUACAUUUUGGCUGAACUGAGUAUUUCAACAAAAGCAUUGAUGAGCGUCAACAACGUUACAGCCGAGUGCAACAAGCAAGUGGCAAUACAUUGUAAUGUGUUGCCAGGGGCUAGAGAAGAGCUAUCUGUCAAACAUAUAAGUUGGUCCCGAAACCACGAGCCUUUAUGUCAAGUGGACAAGGGAAAUUUGAAGCACAGCAUAAAUACAAAAAGUGACUUCCACUGCGAGUUUAAAGAAGGCCGGCUGUCUCUCAUCCUGGAGAAAGUACAGCCAGUGGACAGCGGCGCCUCAAACCGCUACAUGUGCAAACUACAUUCAAACCAGGGAAUUUCACAUGGAUACAGCUGGAUUGAGCUACAAGAGUGCUGCGGGAUGGUCAAAAGCACUUUGUCCAGAGACAGCUCCAUGUGCACGUUCAGCCACGUAUACCCUGAUGCAGAAGUCUUUUGGUCUUAUGAUUCCCAAAACCAGUCAGAAGGAUUUGUAAGACACAAGAUUUAUAAGAGUGUGGAAGAAGGCGGCUGGUUAACUAUUAAAGGCCAGCUGGAAGGGAGUUCCAAUGGGUCCUUCAACUGUUCCCUGAGGAGCAUCGUCUCGGGAAGACACAUUGUAUGCAAUUCAUCCGAAGAUACCGACUUCCAAGACUGGAGUGGAUUGGAAACUCUGGGGUUCACACCUCAGGUCAGGGAUGGAGCUGAAUCACUUAAACCUUUGUGGUCAAUUUUUCUGAUGUCAAUCAUUGUGGUUUUUAUGGAAAAAUGAAGUUUUUACAAAUGUAAUUCUAUAACAUUGAUAAUAGAUAUGUUGUAAGGCUUUUUAACAAUGAGGUACUGCCAUUUUUUCCUGCUGCAAAACACUAAGAGAUUUCAGCUUGCACAGUCCAAAGGUUAAGAGUUCUUCCUGUUUGGGGUGAACAAAGAAAUUCCACACCAAGGCGUGACGGCAAUUCCUGGCUUAUCUUCGAUGCCAUUGACAAAUGGCAUAUUUUGUGAAACUCAGUCAAAGAGAAUCUAACUUGACAUUAAACAAUAGUGUCAGGGGGGGAAAAGCCAUAAACCUUCAAAUGGAAAAUAAUUUUGGGCUGCACCAAGUCCUUCUGGAUUCUUUAAAAGACUUUUAUCCUUUCACUUUAGUAAUUUUCGGUAUGUGUUCACCUUCAGUUUAUACAGUAUAACGGCUCCGAGCCCAGCUGCACGGAAGAGGUGCCACCAUAUGACGGAGUUUAAGGGGGGGGGGUAUUGUAUAGCCCCCAGUGGCCGAAAAGUGUCAUUGCAUUUAAAUGACUUUCCUAUAGGCCUAUACAAUGUUAAAAUUAAGAGGUUUCCGGUAAUAUUCUCUAAAAGUUGUAAAGCAAUAAAACAAACAACAAAAAUGAAUGAAAUGAAUGAAAAAUCUUUUUAUAAUGGGUCAAUUAUUUUUCGAACAGAUCAUAUGAAUUGCACCUACGGUCAUUUGUUUUGCUUAGCCAAACCACCAAAGGACCAAAGGGGCAAGAUGUAUAUACGUAAUUUUUUAAAAUCUAAGCUUUCAAAAGCGACAACAACUAUUUAACGAGAACCAAGGAUUGAAAAUGUGGACCAUGAAACGCCAGAGAGCACCGCCAAAAUGGUGAGCGGAGUUUCAGUUUGCCCCACUAAAGAUGCUAGUUGUACAACAGAGCCACCACCGGUGUCUUGCCAAUAUAGUUACCCCUGUCAAAAUUUGUAUCCCCCUGGCUGCGGGAGCACACACACAUACAUUAGUUAUGAGUUUUGUCGACUUAAACCAUUAAUUGAAGCCAGAAAAGAACCACAGUUAUAUAUUUUGAACAUUGACGUUUAUUAAACUGGAGAAACUUCAUACAGGACUUGAAUUACAGUAAUAACAGUUAUCGGUCAGCCUACGAAUAAAACAGUAAAACAUUGCCUUUUUUUAUGUUUAGUAUGUAUGCUACGUUAUACUGCAGAAAAAAAGAUUUUUUUUUUUUUAAUUCUAUUUUUUAUGGCUGGGCCUUGUUUUAAAACCUUGUAUGUAAAUACAUCGCCAAAACACGGAAAUCAAGCAAAUCAGUGCAGCGCAGUGGCUCCGCCCAGGGGAUACAAUUUUUGACGGGGGUAACUACAUUGGCACGACACUGGAGGGCGUACCAUAUUCAAUGGAUGACGAUAUUGGCGAAAAGGAUAGCAGUCCUUAGCAUCCUGAUUUAGAAAUCCCCUCAAGAAUGAUGGAAAACAAAAAUCGCUCAUUUUCAACUUAUUAUUAUAAAUAUUCUUGUAAGUUAAUUUUAUUGCUAACACUUCGUUUUGGGGUCAUCAACAUGUUGUGCUCCCACUGCCCCAAAAGUCAAACUCCACCUGUGUGCCAGAUGAUCCGUGACAAGGAUAACCACCAUAAAAAAAUGGAAGGAUAUUUUUUAGCUACAAAAAAAUGUAUUUGUAAAAAUAGAUACAUGACAUUUGUCAAAGGCAUACAUAUUCCACCAAAUCUUAAGUGAAGAAUCUAAAAUAUGACUAGGGCUAAUACCAUGGUUUACAAGUUGGUUUCUUACUGUAUAUACAAAUAGCUCUGUGGGUGUCAAGUGACCACUAGAUGGCACCAAAUUGGAACGACUGUAAAUACUGUACUUUAGGAUAAGCGGCAUAGAAGAUAAAGUCGCCCAUAAAGAAUUUUGAAUCAUCAAAUGCUUGAGGCAGGAAAUUAUUAUGCUUGCCAAGCUCACGCCAAUGCUUUAUAGAUAUAUGCUGCCCCCUGUUGAAAAUUGUAGGACAUGGAAGCUUGCAGAGCCUUUAACAUGUCAGAUUUGGUGUGGCUCUUUUGAUAAUACUUAAUUUAACUUGAUCAUGAGCCUCAACAAAAUUCAACUCUGAGAUUCAGUUCACUCUUCUUCCACAUCAAACUACUUUAGUCUUUUUGGAAAGAAAUGAAAGCUUUUACUCCAUCUUACUAAACGCUUCAGCCAAUUUAAUUCACAAGAGAUGAGCUGAGAGCAUUUUCAAGUCACUGGUUUGAUUCGAUAAAGUGUAGCUUUUACCAUGACAGUGCCACUGACCUAAUGACACAAAAACACAGCUUGCAUUUUCAAAAUUAAUAGAGGCAGCAUCACAUAUUCUAUGUAAGGAGCGUGGUGGUUUUGCUGCUUCAAAUCUGUCAAUUUACAAACAAAAACGCUUGCAGUAAAGAUGACAAUAUUAUACUGUUUUUAAGAUUGCAGAAAAGGUGACGUGCAAACGAAUCUUAUAAAUAUUAUUUGAAGAUUUUUUUUUAUUUUUUUUUUUGGUAUAAAUGUAAGAAUGAAGCUGUACAGUAGGCUAGACAAUACUGUGUGAUGCAAUCUUCCUAAAUACUGAUGGAAAAAUUCUGGUGUGGUAUUAAAUUAUUCUUGAGUGAAUACAAUAUUUUUCUGUGAGUUCAAGUGUGGAAAGUCUGGAGUAUUUUGAGAUGUGAGCGUAUUCUUGAGGGUACAAGUAUAUGUUAUACCAGUAUAUCUGUAGUGGUGCAUUGAGAAACGAUUUAUUGUUAGCAUGUCAACAAACAUUUGCGACAAUCAAAUCAGUUUUGAAAUGUUGGUUGAGCUCAGAAUUGUCAAUGAAUUAUGCUUUUUCCUUUGGUUUUACUGUGGAGAGUAAUGGAAAUAUAGUUAUCACUAUGGCUGUCAAAAUGAUCGCGUUAACGGGCGUUUUUUUUUUUUUUAUUAAUCACGUUAAAAUAUUUGACGCAAUUAACGCACAUGCCCCGCUCAAACAGAUUAAAAUGACAGCAGUGUCAUGUCUACUUGUUACUUGUGGGGUUUUUUUGUGUGUGUGUCUUGUCACCCUCUGCUGGCGCUUGGGUGCGACUGAUUUUAUGGGUUUCAGCACCAUGAGAAUUGUGUAAUUAUUGACAUCAAGAAUGGUGAGCUACUAGUUUAUUUUUUGAUUGAAAAUUUUACAAAUUUUAUUAAAACGAAAAAAUUAAGAGGGGUUUUUAUACAAAAGUUUUAUAACUUGUACUAACAUUUAUCUUUUAAGAACUACAAGUCUUUCUAUCCAUGGAUCGCUUUAACAGAUGUUAAUAAUGUUAAUCUUGUUGAUUUAUUGUUAUAAUAAACAAAUACAGUACUUAUGUACCGUAUGUUGAAUGUAUACAUAUAUCCGUCUUGUGUCUUAUCUUUCCAUUCCAACAAUAAUUUACAGAAAAAUAUGGCAUAUUUUAUAGAUGGUUUGAAUUGCAAUUAAUUACAAUUAAUUUUAAAGCUGUAGUUAACUCGAUUAAAAAAUUUUAAUCGUUUGACAGCCCUAGUUAUCACAUAUUAGUUAUUUUCUAUGUUUCGUAAACGAGGUUGACUAUGUAUGUAUACACUGACAAUCAAGGAUUCUAUUCUAUUGUUUGUUUUGCAUGUAGCAAAAACGCGAAC